AUGGUCAACAUUCACCAGUGGGACGAGUUUCAAAAGGCCGCCGAGGAGCUCUAUUUGCUGUCCCCCAAAACCACUCGUUAUGUUGCUAAAUACCGCCAUGUCGAAGGAAAGCUCGUCUUGAAAGUGACGGACGACCGCACUUGCUUCAAAUACAAGACGGAUCAGAUGCAGGACUUGAACAAGUUUGAGCGCCUGAACCGCUCCCUGAUGGCCAAGAUGCACAACAGAGCACCAACACAAGAGUCCUCAGCAGGAUCAGCAGCAGCAGGAUCAGCGCCGGCCCAUCCUUCAGCAGCAGCAGCACCCGCCACAGCAGCAGCGCCCGUCACGAUAUCUAGUCCCGUCAUCCAACAGAGCGGCGGUGGAAAGGCAAAAAAGAACAAGCGCAGAUAA